CCCCCGUCCCGCCAACACCCACCCCCCCCCCCCCCCCAAACCCCCCACGAAAGAUUUAGUUCCCCAAAACGGUCUCAAAAGCACAUCAUUUGAUGCAGUUGUUGAGGCUGAUUCCGAAUAUCAGCUUAUUUUGGUUUGAAAGUUAUGUUCUGAUGCCGAGAGUCUCAAAAAACUGAAAAAAUCCUAUCGGAUUGCCACCUUCUUAAUAAUAUUUUUGAAAAGAAAAACUAAAUCUGUAACUUUGUUCUGUGUUUCAAAGUAGUUCGAAUGACGUAAAAAUGAAGGUUCUGUCGUUCAAUAUGAGGUCGCUGAUAGGUCUGUAAUCGGAGGAUGUCAAAAUCAAAGACCUCUGAAGUUUGAUCAAAGUUCGAACACUUCUCGUAGCUCUGGAACCUCGAAAUGUACUUCUCUAUACGCACUUUCCUGAUCUGCUGAUUACGAAAAACAUCUUUCAAAGGUUCGAGGUCCAUGUGGAGCUGAGAUGUCCAACGUUUUUCUCAAGGUAGCGAAAUUUCGAAACAAGGACAGCUUUCAAGUUUUUGAAUAUUUUCCUAGAGCAAGUGCGCUGGAUAUUUUUUAAAUAAGAUAUUCGUGAUCAGCGCAAAAUUCUGCGUUGAAUGGUGUACAUUUAAAGCAAAAAUAAUAUAGUGCUUCCUCUUUGAAUUUGGAAGCCCUUACCUUAGAAAUCUUUUAAACUCCGAAGGGUUUUUGGAUUAUAUUGAGUAUAUCUCCUUUUUCGCACGAAAUUUUUGUUUUGGUAAUUGUAGUGAACAGUCGGUUUCUGAUCGCCGCUAGAAUUGCUAUUCUUGUAUCUUUUUCUUUAUAGGAAUAAUAUCAAACAACUGGACUAACGCAUCCGGUAUUCGAUCUCACGAAAACUUUCAUUCUUCUUAUUUUGUAUUGAUUUGUUUUUUCUUAUUUUUAAAGUGUCAAGCGCGUCAUGCGUAACACCACUACUAAACGACAAUUACACAGUACUAUUGUUAUCAUUGAUGGAUUCUCCUACAUUCAACUACACUUAUUAUAGUUAUACAUAUCGAGCAACUUCAAAUUUGACAACUUUGACAUUUGCAUUUCGACAAGAUCCAAGUUAUUGGUGCUUAGAUGAUAUUUCGGUAAUGAAAUAUAAUACUAGCAAUGGUAGCGACCUGAUAAGUAAUGGGGGUUUCGAAAGAGGCAGUACAAUAAACUAUACUCUCUGUACACCACGUGGUUCAUCAGUAUCUGGUACAGUUAGCACACGUUGUCCUCGCUCUGGUAAUUAUAGUUAUAUAGAUGGAAGUUAUGCUCCCGGUGAUUUCUUAAGUCAAACGUUUUCGACGAUUCCACAGCAUCAAUAUCAAAUUCGGUUUUGGUUGAGUAAUUUGGGUGCAUCUCCAAAUUCAAUUAAUGUCACAAUAAGUUCCACCAUUGUUUCAGAUACUGCUGUUCUUCAGAUAACAACACAACAACCCGCAGGAUCAGGACUAACAACUCAAGCUACAGACACCAACUGCACAACACCAUCGACGAUAAAUUCAACAACAUUAUUAUCACUCAACAACUCAUCAGCAUCUAAUUAUACCAAUUAUCAAUGUACAUACCGUGCUACAUCGAAUCAAACAAUACUAAUGUUUGCUCUUCGACAAGAUCCGAAUUAUUGGUGUUUAGAUGAUAUAUUAGUAACAACAAACAAUUCUAAUAAUACUAAUUUAUUAAUAAAUGGUGAUUUUGAAACUGGUAAUCUACAAGGUUAUUCUAUGUGUAAUCCAAUUAGUCGCAUAACAUCUGGUAUUGUUGUUACUAAUCAACCACAUUCAGGUACAUAUAAUCUUUUUGAUGGCAGUUAUUUAAAUCCAGAUUAUUUGUGGCAAAUAUUUUCAACUCAACAACAGCAACAAUAUCAAAUUAGUUUUUGGCUUUUAAAUAGUGGUUCAUCACCUAGUUCUAUUACAGUCACGAUUGGUCCAUACAUCAAUCUAAAGGCGAUGGCUAUUAAAACGAGUUCUACUAAUAGUCCAGUAACGACACAACAAUUUACUACUAGAGCUUCGCUAUCAACGUCAUCAAGAACAAAUUUGACGACUAUACAACCCAAUACGUCAGCUAAUAAUGGCAUAACAACAGCAACACAGACAUCCUUAAAAAUAAAUUUAACAACUAUCGCUGAUCAACGGGUAACACAAGUGUCAACAGGAACAAGUAAACUGAUAACAACAACAUCUAAGACAACAAACACGACUUAUUCCACGUCUUGUACAAUUCCAUCAUGGAAGGGUAACAAUAACGAUACAAUACUUUUGCUGUCACUUAUUGAUUCACCGCCAUUCAAUUAUACUUAUUAUCAAUACACUUAUCGUGCCACAUCAAAUCUUACAACUCUGACAUUUGCUUUCCGCCAAGAUCCAAGUUAUUGGUGUUUGGAUGAUAUUUCGGUGAUCAUGUCUAAUAGUAGCAAUAAUGUGAAUAUAAUAAGUAACGGUGGCUUUGAAAGUGGUAGCUUAGAAAAUUAUACAAUCUGUAAUCCAUCUGGUACACAACCAUCUGGUAGAAGUACGCAAACAUAUGCUUAUUCUGGUAAUUAUAGUUAUGUAGAUGGAAGUUAUGCAUCAGGUGAUUACUUAACUCAAACGUUUAUAACUGUUCGUCAAAAACAAUAUCGAAUUGGAUUUUGGUUGAAAAAUUCGGGCUAUUCUCCAAAUUCUGUUAAUGUUACAAUAAGUCCUUUCAACGCUUUUGCAUCAACAUCGAGGGUAAUGACUGUGACUUCGAUGAUUAACCAAAUGACAACUAAUGUAUGCCGUGGUCUACUUGUGACGUUUGACAAUGUUCCAAAUUACAUUGAACCUUACCUUCCAAUUCCUGAUGGCUACUCUAAUUUAAACUGGACAAAUGUGUAUGUUUUAAAUGCUACAACAUCAUUAUACAAUACAAGUGGCUACUAUACGGCAUUAUCAAGUGGUAAAUUUGUUGCAUUCAACGCAUAUGGAAAUCCAAUGUCAAUUUAUCGAACAAAUGGUGUGUUUAAUGUGACGUCAUUUGUUGCUAGUGCUGUUUUACCAGAUAAUUUGCAGUUAACUUUAAUUGGUCGACGUUCAUCAACAGUGAUAUACCGAAUAAAUGUAACAUUAAGAAUAAGUACAGCAUUUGUGAUUGUAUUGAACUGGCUCAGUAUUGAUAAUAUGACAUUUCAAAUGUCGAGUUCCAGUUAUCUUGCUAUUGAUAAUUUAUGUUUAAGCACCGUGUUUUCGGAUAUUUUGUCGACUUCAGCAUCAACAACAUCACCCCGAAAUAGUUUACCGUCACAAUGUUCAACCUAUAAUAUAAUCAAUGAUUCGACACGCAGUGUUAACUAUGUGGGAACAGGAGGUGCUUGUGAUAGUAGUAUAUUUAACAGUACACCAAUAUGGGUUAGAUUUAUUGGUUCUGGUGGAACAAAAUUGCCGACUUCACCACCUAAUAUCUAUCAUUGUGGAACUGAUGCACCUGGAUGGGUAAACAGUGUCUAUCCGUCAAUAAGCGCUUCAACAACAUAUUCAGCUAAAGUCUGUUAUUAUUGGAAUAAUGAUACAUGUAAAUGGUCAAAUUUAAUACAAAUAACAAGUUGUUAUACAUUUUAUGUAUUUCAAUUAAUUGCACCAUCAACAUGUAAUUUACGUUAUUGCAUAACAACUUAA